AUGAAGUUUUUCUUCCAGCGGGAAGCGCUCACGGCAGCAUUCGUUGUUGGCAGCAACUGGAAACCUGGAAACGCAUUUUCGCUUGCUGCUGGACACAUUGAUUCGCCGGGAGUCCGACUAAAGCAAAUAUCCGACAAAUCAGCUGAAGGUUCCAUCAAAAUUGGCCUCGAAAUGUAUGGCGGUGGGCUUUGGCACACUUGGUUUGAUAGAGAACUGACUCUAAGUGGACUAGCCAUUGUAAAAACCGCGAAUGGACUCGAAGAGUUAAAGGAAGGCUUCAAACCUGGAAAAGAAGACCAUAUGAACAUCCUAAUGGGACAAACUAAAGGUGCUCGUAACGAAGAGGAUUCAACUUCUUUGAUCGGAAAGCAUCCGCAAGAGCUCCUCGGAAUAAUAGCUCAGAAUUUGAAUGUACAGGCUAAAGACAUCGUCGACCUUGAUCUAUGUUUCUCGACCUAUCAAAACGCAAACAUUGGUGGAAUCAACGACGAGUACAUUUACUCCGGGCGCUUGGACAAUCUAACGACUUGUUAUACCGCCUUAAAAGCUCUUACUUCUGCGGACUUUGCUUCAAAUAAGACUUCUUGUUCCGGAAUAAUUUUAUACGACCACGAAGAAGUUGGAAACACAAGUGCGACAGGAAUGUGCUGA